AGGUUGGUUUCGCAAUUAUCUAGGACUUUGAGACCCAAAUAAGAGAAAGACUGAGACGAUCCAAACGACACCGUAAUCAGAAGCAGGACCAGCAAAUUGGUGAUCUGAGUAUCCGAAUUUCAGUAUCAGCAAAAACGAAACCCAUUGGCAGAAAGAUCCAAAAAAUGGGUAAAAUAGGAGUAGCAGUGAUUGUAAGUUCAUGGGUAAUAGCUAUAUCCAUCCUCGUUAAUCGAAUUGUCCCACAACCUUACAUGGAUGAGAUAUAUCAUAUACCUCAAGCACAACAGUACUGCAAAGGCAAUUUCAGAAGUUGGGAUCCCAUGAUCACUACACCUCCUGGGCUGUACAUUUUUUCACUUGCCCAUGUUGCUUCUUUGUUUCCAGGGCUAUUCUCUAUGAAAGUAGGUGCUUCGUUUUCAGAUGCUUGUUCCUCUUCUAUCCUACGCUCCAGCAAUGGUGUAUUGGCUGUAUUUUGCAGCAUUCUGGUUUACAACAUACUUACCCACCUCAGGCCUUCUCUUAAUGACAGAAAAGUAACUCUUCGGACGGUUGUCCUAGCAUUGUAUCCCCUUCACUGGUUCUUAACUUUUCUUUAUUAUACGGAUGUAGCGUCGCUAACUGCUGUACUUGCAUCAUAUCUUAUAAGUCUCAAGCAGAAGUAUUUCUUGAGUUCCCUGGUUGGGGCUUUGGCUGUGCUUAUACGGCAAACAAAUAUCAUAUGGGUCUUUUUUAUAGCAUGCACGGGGGUUUUAGACUAUAUUCUAACUCAGCAAAAGGAUAGUGCUGUAUUGACUGCAUCUAGUCCAUCACAAGGUAAAGAUGCUUUCCCAGUCUUGAGUCAAGGUGUUGGAAAAGGCUCUAACUUGAGAAAGCGCAAAAUCAGUAAUCAAACAGCUACAUUCAGCUCUCCUAUCCACCAAAUGGUUGCUUCUACAGCGUCUUCCUCAGAUUUCUCCCAUGAGGUGCGUGAGAUUAUGUCAAGACUCUGGCAAUUUAAGUGGGAGCUUAUUGCAUCUUUUUGGCCUUACUUUAUGAUCAUGGCCGCUUUCAUUACCUUUGUUUUCUGGAACGGGAGUGUAGUGCUCGGUGCAAAAGAGGCUCAUACAGUCUCUCCUCAUUUUGCUCAAUUGAUGUAUUUUAGCUUGGUUUCUGCCCUGUUUAUGACUCCCGUGCACUUCACAAUUGGUCAAGCUGCAGUGCUGGCUCAGUCGUUCCGGAAGAAAAAUAAGUUGGUCAGUUUCUUUCAGUUGUGCAUGGCAUUAAUUGUUGGGUUCCUCUCAGUGCACUUUUUCAGCAUUGCCCACCCUUAUCUUGUUGCUGACAAUCGACACUAUACCUUUUAUCUGUGGAGAAAAGUAAUCAAAUUUCAUUGGUCAAUGAAGUACUUCCUGGUUCCGCUCUAUGUAUAUUCAUGGAUAUCCAUCUUCAAUAUAUUGGCUAAAAGUCAGAGGAAGACAUGGGUACUGGUAUAUUUCUUGGCUACCGCUGCGACACUGAUUCCUGCUCCACUUAUAGAGUUCAGAUACUAUACGAUUCCGUUCUUUUUCUUGAUCCUCCAUGCUCAUGUUGAUGAUGAUAGAAGUUGGCUUCUGAUGGGAGUCCUGUAUGUUGCCAUUAAUAUCUUCACUAUGUAUAUGUUCUUUUUCCGGCCAUUUUCUUGGGUCCAUGAGACUGGCGUUCAGAGAUUUAUAUGGUAGCAAGAUACUCUGGAGAAUUCAAGAAGCGAUUGAUAGAUUUGGUGCACCAGUAUUCUGGCUGUACCUGCAGAUCCCAAUUGGUCAAUUUGCUUGUUCAUCUGAUGAAUGUGAGUUCUUGAAGCACCAUAUAACCUAUUGAAAUGCAGUUCGGGAUCAGUUUUUGUACGUUUGGGGGGAAUUGGUAUACAGUGUUACUAAGCUUGACGCUCUUCGUUGGUGGGAGGUAGCGGGUGAGAAUAUUCGAGGUGCGUGCAAGUUGGCUCGGACACUAAAAAAUUAGAAGCAUUUUUUGAAACGUAUACUUUCAUUAAUUCCUUUUUUUGGUGGGUGCAGUAAUUCAACAUUAGUUGUAGUUGUAAAAUUAUGGCAAGUUAACUUUGUCUGUUCUUGUGGAUUACUUCCGGAGAGGGUGGAAUAUAGAUUUAUCAUUGAA